UUGUUUGUGGUUUAUUUGUUGCGUUUGUUGUUGCUCUUGUGAUUAUGAAGUAGAUUUCUCUUGUUUGAUAUAUAUGUUUAUAUUGUACUUUGGACUUUCUCUUUGGCGUGGUAUAAAGUUCUUUGAGUACUUAAGAAAACUGCCUUCAAAUUAAAUUGGACAUUAAAUAUUUAUUAUCAGAAUGAUUAAUACUGGAAAAUUAGCGGGACGUACUCUACUCAUAACCGGCGCGUCUCGAGGUAUAGGAAAAGCAAUUGCAUUAAAAUGCGCUAAAGAUGGAGCAAAUAUAGUUGUUUGUGCUAAGACUGCCGAACCACAUCCUAAAUUGCCCGGCACAAUUUACACAGCUGCUGAAGAAAUUGAAAAGGCGGGUGGAAAAGCUUUGCCAUGUAUUGUAGAUGUGCGUGAUGAGGCACAAGUGCGAACUGCUGUAUCAGAGGCAGUAAGUAAAUUUGGUGGAAUCGAUAUUGUAGUAAAUAAUGCUAGUGCAAUAUCUUUAACACCCACACUUGGAACUGAGAUGAAACGAUACGAUUUGAUGCAUAACAUUAAUACUCGAGGUACUUUUCUUGUAUCAAAGGAAUGUUUACCCUAUUUAUUAAAGAGCAAUCACGCACACAUACUCAAUAUUUCGCCACCACUUAAUCUAAAUCCAAAAUGGUUUGGACCACACGUUGCCUACACAAUGGCUAAAUAUGGCAUGUCAAUGUGUGUGUUGGGUAUGGCACAGGAAUUUCAGGAUAAAAACAUUGCCGUCAAUGCGCUUUGGCCGCGUACUGCUAUACAAACAGCUGCAAUUGAAAUGUUAACAGGAGCGGAAAGUGCACAAUGGUCACGAAAACCUGAAAUAAUGGCAGAUUCUGCAUAUGCGGUUCUUGUAAAAGAACCGCGUCUUAGCACUGGUAAAUUUCUAAUAGACGAUGAAGUACUUGCAGAAGCAGGAGUUAAAGAUAUGACGCAAUAUGCCUGUAAUCCGGCUAACGCAGAUAAACUGAUGCCUGAUUUCUUCUUGGAUGGCGAAGAGGAAUCAAAAGUUGGUGCAAUAGAUGCCCCUGCUUCUGCUUCUUCAAAAGGCAAAAUACCACAGGUGUUUGAAAAAAUCAGCACACUUUUGUCAGAAGAUAUUGUAACAAAAACUCAGGCUAUUUAUCAGUUUAAUAUUGAGGGCGACGAAAAAGGUACUUGGUAUUUAGAUUUGAAGAAUGGUGUUGGUUCUUGUGGCAAUGGUACACCUCAACAUACGCCUGAUGCCACGCUAACAAUGAAAUCUCAAAAUUUCUUUGAUAUGUUUGCGGGCAAAUUAAAACCAGCUCCCGCGUUUAUGUCUGGAAAACUUAAAAUCGCUGGUGAUUUACAAAAAGCCAUGAAAUUGGAAAAACUAAUGAAAGCUUUGAAAACAAAACAAUAGUUUCUGUUAACUCGGCCAGGAUCAACAGCGGAAACAUUUCUGCAAACAAUUAUAAUACUUCGGAAUUAGGAAAUAGUGUUUGUUUUCAUUUUUUAAAAAACACGAAGAAUAUUUUUUUAUGUAAAAAUAUUUGGUUGAAGAAAUAAUAAA